AUGAUGUACUGCGGGUAUGGAUGGGUCAGUGCCGUCCUGUUGGUCCCACUGCUGGUUCAGGAUCUUGCGGCAAUGAACGGAGUCCAGGCAGCCAACUUGACCGAACGCUGCGAUACCACAGAGGAGGAUUACAAGUGCGUCAUGCACAUCUUUGGAAAUCACUAUCUAGAUCCUGGAACCAUCUCGCUCUAUGUUUCCAGUUUCUCGGCCGUCAUCUCCUUUGUCGUCUCGCUGUCUGUUGCUGCCAUUGCUGACCAUGGAGGUGAGUAG